AUGCCACUUUUCUUCGAGCUGGCCGGCUUCUGGGCGCAGACGUUGAGUUGCGAGAGCCCUGAAUUGGUGCAGCUGUUCUUCUGCCUCAUCUGCUUCCUUCGAGAUCGGAUCUCCGUGGAUGCGCUAUCGUGCAAGCAGCACAUCGAAGCUCGCACCAGAUUGACGCUUGGAACUCUCUUAGAUCCGACCUGCGUGCCGGAGACUCGUGCACUACGCGAGCUAGCCAAGUUUUGCAAGCAUCUCUGCGAUUCUGCAAUCCACACUCUACCGGAGGAGGAAGAAGUGGAGCAUAGAAUAAUGAUCGUAGCGCAACAGCUUGAGGAGAGUAUACAAGUUACGCCUGAAAGCCUACAGAAUGUCAGCAAUGCACACAAGGAGGCAAUGAAAAACUCGGAAAUGUAG